AUGACGCAGCGAGACAGGCGGCCGCAAGUGUGGAUUGAGACCGAUGGACCAACUCAGGCGACACUCAGAUCAUUGAACAUCUACAUCCGUGGACGUUUGGUACAGAUACCAGACAGUGAGCGAAGGGAGACGGCCUACGCCAUCGCUGCACAGAGUGGUGUGAUUACCCCAUUCACACACUGUGAGAAGAAGUCGAGGCAAGUACUCAGAGUCGGUGAUCAAAUUCACAAGGUCGAUGUGUCUUUCCUCAAGGGCAAUAGUAACUACUACCUCUUCCAUCUUAGGAAACGAUCAGACGUAGACAAUCCAUUGCAGCCAAACUAUGAGAAGUUCAUGCCUUGGUCAACAUCAAGAUUGCUUCACUCUGGCAACAAGGAGGUACACCCACCAUUCUAUAGCAUGAAGGACAACUAUUUGGAGUUGAAGCAGUUCUUUGAGAUGGCUCAACCCCAACCGAAUGAGAAUGGUCCAUCAAGAUUCAACAUUGGUGGAUACUGUUGGUCACUCGAGCCACAGAACCAACACAAUCAGUCAGGUUCUUGUCCAUUGAGUGCCUUGAACAACCUUAUGUUUGAGGUGACGACAAAGGAGCCACUGACUGAGGAGUACUACCUAGACUUCUACUCAUACUCAACCCUAUUCAUCCAGCAGCAGGGCACUGACAUUCAGAGAGUGUUCUCGGUUUAA